AUGGAAACACUUUCCUAUCAAUGCAAGCCGCUACCCAACAAGUUCGACUCACAGAGUGGAAUGACCGCGCCUGGAAUGCCAAGAUGGAACAUUACUCGCGACAAGCAACUAGGUUAUAUUGAGCCGGAUCGCCGCUCAGAAAAUGUGCUACGAGUCCAGUGCGGAACCAACCAGUAUGCUUUCGCAGAAAUAGGGAACACGUCGCUCGAGGGCCACGCGUUUCUCAGGUAUCGAGCACAAUUCACCAGCAAUAUUUAG